CAUCAUCUCAAGACAGAUCUAAAGAUGUGGCAUUCUCGGCCCAUGUUGUGCUUUUCUUUGCUCCUCUGCGGACUCCUUGGGGAAUGCUUUGGAAUUGCUCUUGUGCCCAAGGAUAAACGCGGCUGGACCCUGAACAGCGCUGGAUACUUGCUGGGACCUCCAGAUGCCCACCAGACGCUGACAGAUAAAGGAGGCGUAGCUGGUAAGCGAGACGCUAUGGAGGACUUGUAUUCAUUAGGGCAGGAUUCCUUUGCUGCUGCUCCAGUUCGCCCUGCAGAGGAAAACACACUCCAAACCCUGUUGGAUUUCCUGUCUUUCCUCCAUCUCCGUGAGCAAGGAUCUGUUUCGCACUUGCCUCUCCCGCUGGCGGAAGAACCUAUCCAACAGUAACAUCUCUGUCUCUUCUAAGUGGUGCCCUCCAGAGCUGCCUGCUAAUGCCACAGACCCUGCCCCAUUUCUCUCUCUAUGUCUUCUCUCCCCAAGGAAUUGUUAUUCUGAAUCUGCUCAGUUGCCUGUGCCACAGACUAACACUUUGCCCUUCAGCUGAGAGCCAGUGUGAGGUCGUGGUUACGAUGCUGGGCAAGUUUCAAAGGGUAGCCAUGAUGCUCUGCGGAAGAACAGCUAGACUGGAAUCCAGCAACGGCUUAGAGUCAAAGCUCCCUUCAUCUGUCUGAUGAAGAGACCUUUGACGCUCAAAAACUGACCUAAAACUGUUGUUGGUCUACUCAGGUGCUACUGGACUCAAAUCAAAGUGCCAACAGAAUCUGGGAGACCCAGGUUCGAAUCCCCAUUCUGCCCUGGAAAGCACGCUGGGAGACCUUGGGGCCAGUCGCACACUUUCUGCUUAAGCCACUUUGCAGGGUUGAGGUGAGGAUAAAAUGGAGGAGAGGAGACCGAUAUAAGCUGCUUUGGGUCUUCUUUGAGCAGAAAGGCCAGUUAGAAGUAUGUAAAUAAAUACCCAGUUACAAAAAAAAAAAA